AUGGAUGGUGACGAAACAGAUUACGAAAAUAUCUCCUCCGCUGAGAGUGAGGCUGACGAGCAUGAGGCCGACGAGCAAAUGGCUGACGGGCAAGAGGCUGAUGAGCAAGAGGUUGACGAGCAUGGAGCAGAACCUGGUAUCCCGGUUUCUCCAGGAUCGAACGCCGAAAACCCUUUUAUUGUAGACGACGGUCCCAACUUAGCCAAUCAUCCCAACUUGGAUGAUGAGCCCAACUUAGCCAACGAACCCCCUCUCUUCGUCGACGACGGCCCUCAGUUUGUUGACGACGGCCCUCAGUUCGUCGACGACCCUGAUGGGGAUUAUGUUAACAAUGGGGAUGGACAGUCAAGUGAGAGCCAAAGCAGCAGCAAUGAGUCCGAGUCGGACGAAGAAGAAGAUUCGCAAACCGAUGCUUCAUCCGAAGGACAGGACCAGAACAACGUACCUGAUUCAGACGCUGAAGAGCCUCCUUGGAGUUUGGUGCAUUGCCAGGAAUUCUGCCAGCCACACUGGCAGAGGAUUCACAACAAAUCCUACAGAAGGAAGUGCAGGAUCAUACGACUGACACAAGCAUAUAACCGAGUCCAAAGGGAGAACCGCGAGCUUCGAGCAGAAGUCGAGGACCUCAGGGCCCAAUUGGCAGCUCGUAGGCAAGGCCGCGGACGCUACAAGGCAACAUGUCCCGAAUACAUGCGGCGAAGACACGAGCCCGAGGCACUCAUCCAACACAUGGCCGAGAAGACAAAUCGGCAUCCAAAUUACAGGCUGAACCGGGACCUGCGGACCUUGCAGGGUCUCGACUACAUUCUUUGUCUUCGGGGUUUGAAAAAAGUCGACUUUUUCGAUUUUGAUAAAUGGAAGAACGACGGUGUGAUCGUGCAAGUCCGCGAUUUCCGGUUUGUCAUGGACGUCAAGAACAAUGUCUGCCGCCCAAAGGCACCUCUCGACGCUGAGACAUCAGAGAUACGAAACCUCGCACCUACAGUGCCUGACUACGUUGUGGAAUCCGGCGACUGGGAGGCCUUGGAGCGCUUCUUGACCAAACACUUCGGCAUCCGGACUGGGCAGAUACCGAUCCGACGUGAUUACGCACCUGUGAGAUUGCAGCCGGUCAGCACAUUCAUUGUCAUCGACAGUGACAGCGAAGACGACUCCGACACUCGCUCCAGUGUCCGGUUCGGUUCCGGCUCAGGCAUCUUAGAGGAAGGACAAAGCGCGAGCAGUGCCACCUCGGCCAUGGAGGAAGAUGGCAGCAACCCUGAUUCCGAGCAGCCAAUGGCCAGUACAGAGAGCAAUCCUGAUGAGGUCAUGGAUUUUGACGUUAUUGACCCGGCAGAUGAUGAGAUGAGCGAUGAAGAAGAAGAUAGGGAUGAUUUUGGCGAUGCUAUGGACUUGGGAGAGUAG